AUGAGUCCACGUAGCGAAACAACAAUUGCCAACCAUUAUAAGCCUUCGCCCUCCGAACUGACCUCCGAACUGGCUUCCGAGGUGAAAGCUAGAUGCAGAGCUCAGUCUUUACCAGGGCAGAGCAGUACAGAGUCAAGCAGUUUUGACACAGAGAUUGGUCAUGCAGCACCUAUCUCAGUUGUAGACGAUAGUAAAGUAAAAGUUUCGGUAGAAGAUCCCCAUAUAUACUAUGACCGGAUUUCGGAACGUAACAUUGGAGCAUGUUCUUCGAACGCAGUGACUGACAUAUCACAACAUAUUCAUACAACGGGUGAACAAACUGAUUUGGAAUCAAGUGGAGACAAUGCGCACAUUGAAGGCGCACAUUCUGGAAAGCGCGAAAGUAUCAGGGAAAUACCUGCUACCCCGAGAAACUUGGCAGUCAAGUCAGCAAAGCAGACCAGCAAGAAACGCUGCGCCGUUUAUGCAAACUGUUUGGAAACGUUACUUGACUACGAAAACUCUUGUGAGCGGAGAUAUUCAAGAGAAUACUUAGCUCACGCGACACCCUCCUUCUCGACGUGUCACCUUGCGGAGAAAACUAAACUGAAGCAGUUGCUAAUGACUCAACGGAGUCUGAGAAAGCGUUGUUUGGAGCAAAGCGUUCAGCUGCGGAAAAACAUGAGACAAAAGGAUAAGCGUUGUCCGAACGCAAUUCCAUCAACUGAGCCCCUCGACAGUUUUUUCAACCGCAUAUACUACCGCUCGGAAAGCGUAAGAGUUGAAUGCCAUAAACUUCUAGAUAGUAUCAGGAGAACGUGCACUGAACUAGAGCACUGUUGUGCAGAUGCAAAGAGCUGUGAGUUGCAGUUGAGAACAACGAUGUUGCAAGAGCGAUUAGAUCAAGCUAAAGGACGACUGAUAGCCAGAUACCACUGCUGCGAACAAGAGAUAGAAAACUCUGAUUUAGUCUAA